GUUCCUCCACUGGCUGCUCUAACUUUGGUUUCAUCGCCACUUGACCACGUACACAUUUCCUCCGGCGAUCCCAAAGCCAUAACUUGAGAUAUUCACUAUCUUGUUCUUUCAUCUUUAUAAAUAUCGAAUCUGUUGCUUGCUUGCAUUUCUGGCUAUAAUUUUGCGAUUUCGUUCUGCUUCUGGGAUUUUCUGUGUGCGGAGACCUCCCGGAGCUUUCAUGGCGGCUAUUACCAGUUCGAAUGCUCUUGCUUUUAGUAAGGUUGGGAUUUUUGGUAAAUUUGAAGGAGGCGCUGGUCGGAGAGCCGGUUCUGUUCAGCAAUGGCUCCCGAUUAGCGGUGGAGCUGGAUCGAAUCAGCUUCGAGGUCGAUUUGGCAUCCAGUUAAGAUCGAAGACUUCUUUUGCUUCUACUGGAAUAAAAGCUCAGGUUGCUACAGCGGAACAGGCAAGCAUUAAGGAAAUCCAACAAGUGGAAGCGCCUGUGGCUAUUGUGACUGGAGCCUCGAGAGGAAUCGGAAGAGCUAUCGCAUUGAGCUUAGGAAAGGCGGGUUGUAAGGUCCUGGUUAAUUAUGCUAGAUCGUCAAAGGAGGCUGAGGAAGUUUCCAAAGAGAUUGAGGGUUUUGGGGGGCAGGCUCUUACUUUUGGUGGAGAUGUGUCAAAGGAGGCUGAUGUGGAUUCAAUGAUUAAGACAGCGAUGGAUGCUUGGGGAACCGUUGAUAUAUUGAUCAACAAUGCAGGAAUCACUCGCGAUGGUUUGAUGAUGAGAAUGAAGACAUCUCAAUGGCAGGAGGUGAUUGAUCUGAAUCUUACCGGUGUUUAUCUUUGCACUCAGGCAGCAUCCAAAGUUAUGAUGAAAAAGAAGAAGGGAAGAAUAAUCAAUAUAUCAUCAGUUGUUGGCCUUGUUGGAAAUGCGGGCCAAGCGAACUACAGUGCCGCAAAGGCAGGAGUGAUUGGUCUGACAAAGGCCGUUGCCAAGGAAUAUGCAAGCAGAAACAUCAACGUUAAUGCUGUUGCUCCUGGGUUUAUUGCGUCCGACAUGACUGCCAAGCUUGGGCCAGAGAUUGAGAAGAAAAUUAUGGAUUCUAUCCCCAUGGCAAGAUAUGGCCAACCCGAAGAAGUUGCUGGACUUGUUGAAUUCUUGGCUCUUAACCCUGCAGCUAGUUACAUUACAGGACAGGUUUUCACCAUCGAUGGCGGGAUGGUUAUGUAGGUCAGUUGUCAUUUGCUCAUAUAAUUUGGUUUUUGAUUUUAUUGUCAAACGAUACGUGUUGCUUUCUGCCACUUUCUGUCUUUUAACACCAGAUUUUGUUGAAGCCUUUCGAGUUGCAAUUAUGAUUUAUAAUUACAAUUUCAAUUUCUAAGAAAUUUCUCUA